UUUUUGGGGUAACUAUUAGUUGCACUUGUCAGUUAACAUUCUGAAACAAAAUGGAAGCUCCACAAAAAAAACAUUUCACGCAAGUAGCAUCUUUUUAAUAAAACUAUUAAAGUGUGACUCCCCUUUAAAAUACGCAUGGUUGCACCGAUUUCGUGCAUACAAUUCUCUGAAGUUUGCGCCAGGAUUCCUUCAAUAAAAUAUUUGGUGUUGCCUUAUUUGGAAGUUUUUUUUUCUGCAUGAAACAUGGAUUGUGAAGAGGAGCGUAGAGACUGCUGUGAGUUUAGUGAAAUUCAGAGGUUGGAGUUAUUGCGCUGACGUCCCGUGUCAGCAUUAUUUGUCCUAAAGAGCAAAGGAACGUUGGAUUUAUACUCCGUUCCCUGUGAAGCGCUGAAGCUACAAAUGUCAGAGCUUUCAGUGAAAUUGGGGCAUGUUUUAUUGUGGACAGUGGAGACUGACUUAACUCCGUCACAUUUAGUUAAAGGCAAAAAUAACUUGAGGAGGACUGGGCAUCUCGAGAACAAAACAGGGGAUGGGUGCUUUUAGUCCGUUUCCCUCCAAAAAUCACUGAAGACCGCACAGCCCCUCCCAUAAACCCCCUGCACAUCCUGCGCGCGCUCGGGCUUCACCAAUCAGAGCGCAGCGAGGCCCAGAUAAAAGCAGCGGCCGCGCUCCCGUUUCCUCAGUGUCCUGAUUCCGAUCAGAAAAAUGCCUGAACCCGCCAAGGCUGCGCCCAAGAAGGGCUCCAAGAAAGCCGUGACCAAGACCGCCGGGAAAGGCGGUAAGAAGAAGAGAAAGACCAGGAAGGAGAGCUACGCCAUCUACGUGUACAAGGUGCUCAAGCAGGUCCACCCCGACACCGGCAUCUCCUCCAAGGCCAUGAGCAUCAUGAACUCUUUCGUCAACGACAUCUUUGAGCGCAUCGGCGGAGAGGCCUCCCGCCUGGCGCACUACAACAAGCGCUCCACCAUCACCUCCAGGGAGAUCCAGACCGCCGUGCGUCUCCUGCUGCCCGGAGAGCUGGCCAAGCACGCCGUGUCCGAGGGCACCAAGGCCGUCACCAAGUACACCAGCUCCAAGUAAACUGCUCCACCACAAUAUACACACACAACGGCUCUUUUAAGAGCCACACAUUCUACUAAAGGGCUUUUCUGUUUCAUCUCUGCUUUUCUUUGUCUAUCACAUAAGUCCUGUGUGUUUCUGUAAACGUUUGUAACUCUACUAUUGCAUUUGGUCAUCUAUACAUUUAUCUGUUAAACUGCUCACAAUCUCAGGAUUGCAGUUAAUAAAAUAGAAGGUAAUUUUAAAAUCCUUAGCACUAUCAAAUUUGAAAUGACUAUUUUACUUGAUUAAACCAGCAGGUCCCGUUGAUUUGUAGAAUAUUUUGAGACCUGACCAAAGCAGCAGCUAAACAAAAAUCAUAAUUAUAAAAACAUGUAUCCCAAGAAACAGACUUCUCUGUCACUGUGCUUCACAAUUUUCAUGAAGUUACCAAGUGACACCAUGGAUAUCUGUCUAUACCUUAUUCCCACUGAUGGAAGAAUACAUGUGUUAUGAAGGCAGGGCGGUAAUAUCGCGUAAGUCAGAGUGCAGUACCAAGCCUGUUUUGUAAGCAGAUAAAAAGUUGACAGUGUUUUCAUUAUUGAUUUGUGCAUCAUCAAGUCACGUUAUUUGGAUCUUUUGUCACGCUUCAGUCAGCCUUACGUAUGUGUUUGGGGAUUAUGUUUUCUACUGAGCAGUUGGGAUUAAUGAGGAUAUUUUAUUGUCUGAGUGAUCGUGUCUCUGAACAAUUAGUAUUACUCAAGUUUGAAACAAUGACAGUCAUUUUAGCCUAUUUGGACAUUUAAUGUAGCCCAUUUCUUUUUUUCUUUUCAGUAUUCAAUUGAACCAGCAAUACUGGAACAAAAUGGUCAAGAAAAUAAUUACAAAAAGAUUAGAAAUGAUACAAGACAUGUCUUAACAUUUAAACAUUUCUAAUGACAAUGGUGGGCCUGUGUUUUUGUAGUGUGUUCAGUCCGGGUA